GGAGGCGGCUUAUCGAGACACUUCAUGGAAAGAAGAGAUGACACUCAGAGACUGCUGAGUGCUCUCGAAAUCAGAAAAUUACAUAUUUUGGGGGGAAAAUUUAACACUGGGGCGAUUUUUUUUUUAAAGUUUUAAAUUUCUGUGAAAAUGGCGUCCAGAGCGGCGUUCCCUGCUACCCCGGUGAUGAAUCCCGGGAUGAACUCUCCUGGACACCCGCGGAUGGCAGCGAUGAAUCCGGCCUACCGAGCAAUGUCCAACCCGGCUAACCAGUACCCGCGUCCUGGCAUCCCUCCUGGCCGUAACAUGCCCAUGGGCGGGAUGGGUUCCAUGGGUUCUCCGAUGCCUGGGCCGUCGUAUGGUGGCACCAUGACCGUUCGGCCCAGCAUGCCCCAAACCGCGAUGGACCCGGCGCGAAAGAGACUCCUGCAGCAGCAACAGGUGGGGGGGUUGAUGGGACCUCGGAGAGGUCUGAAACGACGCAAAAUGGCUGACAAAGUUCUACCCCAGAGGAUCCGGGAUCUGGUUCCUGAGUCUCAGGCCUACAUGGACCUUCUGGCGUUUGAGAGGAAGCUGGACCAGACCAUUGCUCGCAAGCGCAUGGAAAUCCAGGAGGCCAUCAAGAAGCCUAUAACGCAAAAGCGUAAGCUGAGGAUCUACAUCUCAAACACCUGUACACCUGCCAAACCUGAGGGGGAGGAGUCCGAGAAAGUGGCAUCAUGGGAGCUCAGAGUGGAGGGCAAACUCCUGGAGGAUCCCGGGAAACAGAAGAGAAAGUUUUCUUCCUUCUUUAAAAGCCUGGUCAUUGAGCUGGAUAAGGAGCUGUAUGGUCCAGACAACCACCUGGUGGAGUGGCACAGGAUGCCCACCACUCAGGAGACGGAUGGUUUUCAGGUGAAGCGGCCCGGAGACGUGAGUGUGAAAUGCACGCUGCUGCUCAUGCUAGACCACCAGCCACCACAGUACAAACUGGACCCGCGGUUAGCGCGUCUUCUGGGUGUUCACACUCAGACCCGAGCCAGCAUCAUGCAGGCGCUCUGGCUCUACAUCAAGAACAACAAGCUGCAGGACUGCCAUGAGAAAGAAUACAUCAACUGCAACCGCUACUUCAGACAGAUCUUCGCCUGCUCCAGAAUGAGAUUCUCAGAGAUCCCCAUGAAGCUGGCAGGACUACUGCAGCACCCAGACCCUAUUGUCAUCAACCACGUCAUCAGUGUGGACCCGAAUGACCAGAAGAAGAUGGCAUGUUUUGACAUCGACGUAGAAGUAGAUGAUCCGCUGAAGAGCCAGAUGAGCAGCUUCUUGUCCUCCACCACCAACCAGCAGGAAAUCGCAGCCCUGGAAAUGAAGAUCCAUGAAACCAUUGAGUCAAUAAACCAGCUGAAGACACAGCGGGACUUCAUGCUGAGCUUCAGCAACAACCCUCAGGACUUCAUUCAGGACUGGCUCAAGUCUCAGAGCCGAGACCUCAAGCUGAUGACAGACACCGCCGGGAACCCAGAGGAGGAGAGGAAGAGUGAGUUCUACCAGGCACCCUGGAUCCAAGAGGCCGUGGGUCGCUACAUAUUCUCCAAGGUCCAGCAGAGGAGACAGGAGCUGGAGCAGGUACUCGGGAUCCGCCUCACCUAAACCCCAGAGGAAACAUUUUGGAUGGAGGCUUCGAUUUCGAGAACUUUGUCCUGGCGCUGUUUUGACAACUCCUUGGUGUUUAUGUGGAAAAACGCUGGAUUCCUCCAGGUGUGUGUGUGUGUGUGUGUGUAUGGAGAUCUUGGGAUGUCUUAAUUGCACACAAAUCAACUCCACUGAUCUAAUGGUUUCACCAGGACUAAUUUAGGGAUUUUAGAGCAAUUUUUGCAAUCACCUUUUUUUUUUUGUAAAUAAAUUGGUAAAACACACACUAACAUUAUGGACUAUUUUGUGUAAAUCCAUGACAUGCCAAUUAAGUACAUUUCAGUAUUACAUAAUGUGGAAAAGUUACAAGGGGGGAAAGAGGGUGAAAACUUAUGCACAGCACGGUAUCAUAAAAGAUAACGCUUUAAAGACGUCCAUCCGUAGCGCAGACACCCCCCCCCGGCUCUAUUCUAAUUCUUAUGAACCAAAGCAUAGAAAUGAUUAACUAAUUCAAGGACUCAAAUAAUUUAACAUUGUUUACAUUUCUUGCACUUCUGUGCAGGUCUGAGUUUAACAACUUGUUGCCUUGUUAACAAACCCGACAACAGCGCUUCAGCGAUAUUAAAGCCAUACUGUGUUUUAGUUUGUGCUUUUGCUCUGGUUUCAGCUUCUUACAUUCUGUAUAUAAAAGUAUAGAAGUUCCGCGGUCAGAUCGACUCAGGAGGAGAUAUGAUUUAUAUAACAUGGACACUUAAAGGGAUUGUUUGGGCUAAAGUCAAAUUUCUACAUUUACUUUGAACGCGCACCUUUUAUUGUCAGUCAUUUAUCAUCAUGCCAAAAUGCUGUGGAUGUUUUGUUUGUUUGUUUUUGUGUGUAACUUGAUGUAUUCAAGUGGCAUGAUUUGUAAUUUUGUUCACAAAUUUCCAAAAAAACAAAAAAAAAAAGACAGCUACAGGUUCAGAGAUUUGUGUCCACUGUUUCUGAAAGAUUGAAGUAUUUCACAAAUAAGUAGAGGGAAAUUAAGCUUUGGGGCAAAAAGCUUUACAUGUUCAGUAAGUGAGUGAAUAACAAAUGAGUAAUAAAAGCACCAAAACCUGACGAGAACAACAAUACAUAGAAAUACACCUUGUGAAAGCUGCAGGAAGUGGAACUUUGACUGACUUUAUUAACAGCCAACCAUGUUUACUCAAAGUGCUACUUCCUGCAGUUUAUAUUUGUAACUCCCUGCUAUAUUUUGUCAUGAAUUUAGUUGGUACUGAUUUCCAGAAUAAAUAAAUUAGUCACAUAAACCACACACAUCCUGUGAACACCAUGUACACUUGUAGUUUGUCUCUUGUGGCCAUGACGGACUGCUGUUUAUUGGUUGUGGGCAGUCCAGUGUCUCUUUAUUUUGUUCUCAUGAGAAAUCUUAGUACCUGUAUGUAACUUCUAAAGCAGGCUGAUUCUGGUUGAUCGCUGACAUUUGAGCUGUGUGGAAAAAUGUGUAUAAAUUUUGAAUUUUGCCCUGGAUGAACCAUACAAGUUCAAAACCACCAUUAUUAUUAUUUUUUUAACAAGUAUUUUUAAACCCUGGCCUGUGACUUUAUUACAGUUAGUACAACUUCCUGUAUUAAAUGUGCCAUUUUUUAUGUACUUUUUUUUAAAUAAUCUGUUGAAUGAAAGUUUGAUUUUUAAAUGUUAAAGAGCAUGUUCUAUUUUGUAGUUUUUGAUUUGUGAUCUGUACUUUUUAUACUUUUUUU